CUGUGAGCGCCGCGUGUAUUGGGCUCUUUCCUAUCGUACUUUUGGCAGACUAAGGUCUGCAGACAAAAGUCAAACAACACAAUGCCGCAAAAUGAGUACAUGGACCGCCACCGUAAAUUGUACGGUCGGCGACUCGAUUACGAGGAACGCAAACGCAAGAAGGAAGCACGUCUUCCUAAAGAUCGGGCACGCAAAGCGCGCAAAUUGCGUGGUAUUAAGGCAAAAUUGUUUAAUAAGGAGCGUCGCAAUGAAAAGAUACAAAUCAAAAAGAAGAUUCAAGCUCACGAAGAGAAGAAGGUGAAGAAGCAAGAGGAAAAGGUGGAGGAUGGAGCCCUGCCGCAUUAUCUGCUUGAUCGUGGCAUCCAGUCGAGUGCCAAGGUUCUUUCAAAUAUGAUCAAACAGAAGCGAAAGGAGAAGGCAGGCAAAUGGGAUGUACCAAUACCCAAGGUGCGUGCGCAAUCUGAUGCCGAGGUGUUCAAAGUCCUGCGAACGGGAAAAACGAAGAGGAAGGCCUGGAAACGCAUGGUGACAAAAGUGACAUUUGUUGGCGAAAAUUUCACCCGUAAACCGCCAAAGUUCGAACGCUUCAUCCGACCGAUGGCAUUGCGUAUGAAAAAGGCGCAUGUGACACAUCCAGAAUUAAAAGCAACUUUCCACUUGCCAAUCAUUGGCGUUAAAAAGAAUCCCAGCUCCCCAAUGUUCACAUCGUUGGGUGUGAUGACAAAGGGCACAGUGAUCGAAGUAAACAUCUCCGAGUUAGGCUUGGUGACGCAAACGGGCAAAGUUGUCUGGGGUAAAUACGCACAGGUCACAAACAAUCCCGAAAACGAUGGAGUUGUGAACGCUGUACUACUUGUAUAAUUCUAUUUUAAGUGUAAAAUUUGUAUCCGAGUUGCAUCAAUAAAACAAAUUAUUAAACAAUA